GCAUUUGAGUGUUUGUGUCCCUGUACUCCUGCUGCACAGAUCCGGGAUAGCACAGGGUAAGAGCUGACAAGUGUGGUAUUUCUCAGGAAAACAAGAGACAGUGUUCAAACAAGAGGAGGUAACCCAAGGUGAAUUCCAGGCCACACACAAGGACACAUCAAAAUCUCUUUCACUGUUAAAUUCUGUUAUCUGCAGUUUUACUUUUAUCAUGGAAGUGCUAGAAUUCCCCAGCCUGCAGCCAGACAGUGAGCAGCAAAAGACCCUAACUGAAGUAUCCGAUGAUGAGCUCAACCUUCCUCCUUCUGAUGAUGAGGAAGACGCAAUCACGGAGGCCAAAUCAAAGGAAGUUGUGGAGAAAGAGGAGGCAGAGGAAGGCAAUGGGCAGAUGAAUGGGGUGAUGAUUCUGGCUUUGCUGGAUAAGAUCAUCGGUAGAGUGGACCAGAUCCAGCAGACGCAGGUCGGCUUGGAGGCUCGGCAACAAGAGAUGGAGCGCUCAGUCACUGGGAUUGAGGGGGAGCUCACCAAGUUGACCAAGAGUCACUCUACCACAGCCAACUCGGUGAACAAGAUGCUAGAGAAAGUGCGCAAAGUGAGUGUGAAUGUGAAGACAGUACGCAGUAACCUGGAGAAGCAGGGCAGCCAGAUAAAGCGGUUGGAGAGCAAUGAGAAUGAGCUUCUCAAGAGGAGAAAUUUUAAAGUCAUGAUUUACCAGGAUGACGUGAAACUUGCUUCAAAGACCACAGUGGCAAAGUCCAUGAAAGUGCCCCAGUCAGCAGAGGGUGACAUUGAGCUUAAAGGCAUUGUAGAGGAAGGUGAAGAGGCUGGAGGAGAGAAGGCUCAUCUGGAUCUGUCAUCUGAUGAAGAAGAAGUAGAAAUUGAGGAGACUAUUGAAGAGACCCGAGCGGAACGCAUCAAACGCAGCAGCCUUCAACGGGUCCAAAAUAUCAAAACAGCCUUUUCCAAGGAGAAGAUGGAGAAAACCAAGCAAAAGACAAAGGAGAACCUUGAGAAAACCAAGCAAAAGACCAAAGAGAACUUGGAGAAGACACGAAUGAAGACCAAAGAAAACUUGGAAAAAACUAAGCAAAAGACCAAAGAGAACUUGGAGAAGACUAGGCAGAAGACACGGGAGAAUCUAGAAAAGACACGCCACAACAUUGAGAAGAAAAUGGGCAAGCUCAGCACUCGUAUGGCUGUCAAUCCUGAGCAUAAAGAGAAGAUGAAAUCCUCACAGAAGAAGAUGGUGAAGUCUUUCACACCUGAUCACACUAUUUAUGCUCGGUCUAAAACUGCCGUUUACAAGGUGCCACCAUUCACCUUUCAUGUGAAGAAAAUCCGUGAAGGGGAAAUAGAAAUUCAAGGGACAGAAAUGGUGGAAGUGGGUGGAGAAACAGAGGAGGUAGAGAAUGGAGUAGUGGAGGGAGGAGAAGAAGAAGAGAUGGAGAUGGAGGGAGAAGAGAUGGAAGAGAUGGAGGAGAGUGCUGAGAUGCUGGAGACAGGAGAGGAUUCAGAGCUGGUGAUUGCAGAAAAGGAUCAUGAUAGAGAUAGUGAUUAGAUGUGUGUGUGUGUGUGUGUGUGUGUGUGUGUGUGUGUGUGUGUGUGUGUGUGUGUGUGUGUGUGUGUGUGUGUGUGUGUGUGUGUGUGUGUAUGUAUGAUGAUGAUGUGUGCAUUAUUGGCAGAAAAGAUGAGUCUGAUUGAAAAUGGAUGUUGACAGUUUAAGGUUUGGUAUAUAUACUAGAUAAGAUAAGAUGAUUGCUCAGCUCAUUUGCAGCAGAUAUAUUAGGGUAAUCAAAAGAUGUUUUAAAAAGAUGUCAAAUGAUAAUGACCAUUCCUUAAUAGGUUAAUUAGUAUACUAACACACCUACUUACGUACAGUUUAUGUAGUCAGCAAACACAGUUUGACAUAAUCUAGUCAAACACAAACAUGUUUCAUUUAAGCAUGAGAAGAAAAAAAAUUCCUUUAAUAUUUUUCCAUGUAUUCAAAUCAGAAUUUUUUUUUAAAUAUUUUUUUCUUUAUUUUUGGAGGCACAGUUACUGGAUUCUGUUGUUACACUGAAAUGUUAUUCUGUUAAUCUAUAUCAAUCUACAACUCACAUUAAUGAUUUUAACCACCAGUCCAAUGUGGCUGUUUUGCACCUUUCUAUAACAACCAUCGCCACAGCACUACAACCUCAUAUUAACAAAAACUGUGUUCUUAGAAAAAGACAUUUUGUUGGUCUUGGUGUCUAUACCUAUCUGGUGCUAUAACAGAAACUGACAUUAAAAAUAUUUUACAAAGGGUUAGAAGAGGACUAAAUAAUAUUAAUUUUAUAAAAAAGACAUUCCUUUAUUCAGUGUUGGAUUUAUGUAUAAAAUAAGUAAAAUUAUCAAACUGUAGUAGUAUUUUUAUUUUUAAUACAUCACUGCUGUCAAUAUACAAUAGUAGUUUGUCUCUGUCCCAAUCAUGCAGACAAUAUGCCCUUCUUUCAAUCCAUAUUUAGAUAGGUAUGAAUCCUUCCAUGAGCUGUGUCUUGGGUAUUGGAACAGAAACAUAAUGUGCAUAUGUCCAGGACUGUGAUUUAUUUUGCUGCAUUAUAGAGAACAUGUGUAAUCUUCUUUGAAAGCAUCACCAAUACAUUUUUCUUUUCUAUUGCUCAUAUAUUUCAGAUUAUAUUUAGGCACCAAUCAUCCUUCUCAGUCCCAAGUACCAUAUUUACACUUUAAUAUUUUACAUGUGCACAUUUUAGUUUGUUUUAGUCUUAUUUUGCUUAGCAACUGAUCUGUAUGUAUCUAAUAAUGUCUCACUGUGUACUAAUAUGUUAAUAAAAGCUUAUUCACAUCCA